AUGGCAAACUAUCUUAUCACUGGAACUUCUCGAGGUCUUGGACUGGAACUGGCUUCAGCACUGCUGACCAGACCGCCCAAUGAGGUUCGAUGGGUCGGGCUUGCUGCUCGAAGCAAGACUCCUGCGCUGCAAAAGCUGCUGGAAAAUAAUUCAACUAGAGCCCAUUUUAUCGCCCUCGAAGUGACCAGUCCCGAAAGCGUGAAGGCGGCUGUUGAAGAAGUGGAAAAAGUCUUAGGGCCGUCACUUGGACUGGAUGUGUUGAUCAACAACGCGGGAAUUAUGCCCUUCAACCCACAGGGAAUCACCAAAGCCACUGAUCUUAUGCAAAACCUUGAAGUCAAUGUCAAUAGUAUACAAUUGGUCACCGCAGGCUUCCUCCCACUUUUACGACGUGGUCAGAAAAAGCUCGUAUUCAACAUAGGAAGUAUUCUAGGUUCUAUCGCGCAUGCUCCCAAGUUUGCGGGAUUCCCAGUCUCGACGUACAAAGUGUCAAAGGCUGCCGUCAAUGCUUUGACGGUACAGUGGUCCUUGGAGCUCGAAAAGGAAGGCUUCACGGUGAUUUCAGCGCAUCCAGGGUGGCUGCGAACUGAGCUGGGUAGCGAUCAAGCUGAUCUCGCACCUGAAGUUGGUGCUAAAGGUAUACUUGAUAUAGCAGACCAGAUUUCGAGAGAAGAUACUGGCAAGUUCUUUGAUAUUCACGUUCCUGGCUGGAAAGUAGGGCCAAGCUCAAAUACCUAUGAAGGCGGAGUCCUUCCAUGGUGA